AUGAGUCACCUACUUUGGAGAGCUUACUGGCAAAACGAUGUCGACCGUUUUCGGCGUCUGCUCGCUCCCAGCGGCCACACCAACCACGCGACAUCGCACAGGGCGAGCUUAGGGGGCGGAGCUGGAGGUGGUAGCGGCGGUGCGGGGAGUCCCAAUGCUCUGGGCACAUCUCCUCGCACCGUUGCGACUCCCAACAAGGCCCGCAAGUCCUCGAUGCCGUUCGGAGGACCCGGAGGUGGCGCGUCAGGAAUCGGAAAGACCGAGGUCAACAGCCGGGAUUACAUGGGACUGACCUUGUUGCUGCGUGCUGCUUCUUCCACGUCCGAGAAUGCACUUGCCUUCGUCCGCGCUCUGCUAGAUCACCCUGCAAUCGACAUAUAUGCCCAAGACCCUGAGAGCGGCUGGAAUGCCCUGCAUCGGGCGCUCUACUACGGCAACAUAUCAGUCGCGCGCAUGCUGCUAGCGAAAGAGCGCAGGGACAUUACCGAAGGCGUGUACAAGACAGGUGGAGCUGCUGCCUCGAUCAGUCGCAUAGGCCAGCUCAUCAAGACCAAGGAUCACGAAGGAAACAGUCCGUUUGACCUCUUUGCCACCACAAUUGGCGAUGCAGAUCUCGACUGUACUGGCACCAUUCCAGAUAGUCAUGAUGCUGGCGAGUCCACUGAGGAUGGCACUGGAUCAGACAGUGAGGAUUAUCUGGCCCAUCAGCCCGCCUCGGGCAAUGCCGGACUUCAAGAUCUGACAGAUGGGGACGAACUGUUUUCAUUUGGCAGCAACAAGAACAUGUCACUUGGCGUGGGUGAUGAGUCCGAUCGGCAAUACCCAGAGAGGCUACACCUCCGCCGUCCGGAUCAUCUCCUGUACAGGUUCUAUGCCCAAUACUUGGAAAAGGCCGGGCUCGAGCAAACGCAAUUCCCGAAACUUGAGGACCUUCCAGCCAUGAUACUCACCCGCCCCAUUAUUGUACACAACGUGGUGCUUUCCAAGUUUCAUAGCGCAGUCAUCACGACUGAUCCUGUAUCCAACCUUUACAUCUGUGGCGUUGGUCGUGGUGGAAGGCUUGGCCUAAGCGAUGAUCAGCGCGUCAGGUUUACAUAUGUGCCGGUUCAAGGGGCCCUUGCUGACCGGAAAGUCACGCAAGUUGCGCUUGGACAAGACCAUACAAUGGCAGUCACAGACAAAGGCGAACUUUGGACAUGGGGCUCGAACACUUAUUCUCAGCUUGGAUAUGCCCUUCCGCCUCCAGCAAAGAAGGACGAAGAACCUAUGAGUCUGGCACCGAAACAAGUUUUUGGCGCGUUGAAGAAGGAGGUUGUGAUUGGUGUAUCUGCCUCUGCUAUACACUCUGUUGCCCACACAACUAGCUCGGUAUUCUGUUGGGGCAAAAAUUCGGGACAGCUUGCUCUGAUGGAUGCCGAUUCGAGAUCAUUGGAAGUGCAACAAACGCCACGCAAGGUGGCGGCCUCAUUAUUCUCGGCUCCGAUAGUCAUGGUAUCAGCCAUAGACAAGGCCACGACGGUUCUUCUCGCCAAUCACAUAGUUUGCGUCUUCACUAACUAUGGAUAUAACAUGAUCAAAUUCCCAGAGAUCGACCCAUUUGCCACAUACCACAUAUCAAAUCCUGCAGUGGUGUUAGGCUACGAUGCUGCAGCCAGCAAGGGUCAAAGGAUUUGUCACAUCACCUCGGGCGGCGAGACAAUCGCAGCGGUCACAGGCCGGGGUGAUCUUUUUGUCAUGGGCUUGAACCACAACGUCGACGUGAGCUCAUCGGCUUCAACAACGAAUCCUGCCAAGAUCAAAGGUUCCGUGAGCCAGCCUCAAUGUAUCUGGAGGGCAUGGAAAGAUGGUGUCAAAUCCGUCGGGGUUGGUGACCAUGGCUCGGUUAUCAUCGCCACCAAAUCAGGUGCAGUAUGGCGGCGAGUCAAGAGGGCAACGGCAAAGGAUGCCUAUGCUGGUGUAGGGGCCAAGCGAAAGGAUUACAAGUUUCAGCGAGUGCCUUACAUCACCAGAGUCGUCACUGUCCGUAGCUCCCCUUCGGGCGCCUUUGCUGCCGUUCGCAGAGACUCGAGCGUAAUGAAACAGUUGGGCGUGGGUCGCCAGGAAAUAUGGGAAGACCUCGAUGCGUUGCUGCCAUUGCAUGGACUUGUCGCAUUGAAGCCCAAGUUUGACAAUGCAAUGGCGGUUAAAUUACUCCCCAAGAGGUUUUCGGAAGACGACUCGGAUACCGGAAGAGCUAUUGUGGCGAUGCUUCAAUCGUCUGACCCGAACGCAGACCUAGCGCAUCACCUUGAAUCGUUGACAAGCAAUGAUGGGGAAGGAGCAGACAUCUGGAUAUCAUCUUCGUCAUGUCCAGAUCUCAAAAUCCCUGUUCACGGCUGGCUUAUGUCUGCCAGGAGCCCGACGAUACGCGCCGCUCUCGCUGCAUAUCGUAGUCGUGGAGCGCACACAAUAACAGACUGCCUUGCGGUUGAGGACAUGGAAGGCAGGGCUUGGAUACAAAUCGAGAGCUUGGAGCUCUCGACACUACUCAAUCUUGUCCUGUUCGCCUACACUGACCGCAUUGCGCCUGCGUGGAACAUUCGUCAGCCAUCCCCAGCUUUGACGCAAGCAUCCCGCCAGCAACGCGUCGAACUCAUGAAAGUUGCGGCAAGACUUGGUAUCGCACCACUCGAGGCAGCAGCUAGGCUACAAAAUGACCCAGGUCGGUCACUGGCAGACGAUUUAGGUGCGGCUAUCAAAGAGCCUUCAUUCUUUGAUGACGGUGACGUCCUACUCGAGCUUGAAGGCGGCGAGGUUGCUGCGCACAGCUCACUGCUCUGUCAACGCUGUCCUUAUUUCCAGGGUCUCUACAAUGGUCGCUCAGCUGGCAUGUGGCUCACGGGCAGGCGUGACGGCGUUGCGACCGCCGAGCCUGUCAAAAUAGACCUGAAACAUUUUGAGCGAGAGCCGUUUGGAUAUGUUUUGCGAUAUCUUUACUCGGAUGUCGGAACAGAGCUUUUUGACGAAGCAGUUGCCGCCAGCUUUGAUGACUUUACCGACUUGAUAAUGGACGUCAUGGCAAUGGCCAACGAGCUCAUGUUGGAUCGCCUCUCGGAAAUUUGUCAGAAGGUAAUGGGUUGCUUUGUCACCACGAGAACGAUAGCUCAUCUGCUCAACGAAAUCAGUCCUUGCUCUGUCACCAACUUUAAAGAAGCUGGCUGGAACUACAUUUGCACUCAAAUGGAGACAAUGCUAGAGAACCAUCUGUUGGACGACCUGGAAGAGGAUGUUCUCCAGGAGCUCGACGAGCAGGUCAAGGUCAACCAGGCCAAACACGCCGCCAAGUGUGAUCCAGAGCAGCGCCUCCUCGAGACGUACACUGAUCUUGCCGCCGAUAUCGAAGAAGAAAGGAUAGUUAGAGUGAAGGAGAUGGCCUACAAGGCCAGCCAAAAAGACGAUGAUAGGAAGCUCUCUUCGUCGUUCAAGGCCAGAGUGGGAAGCCUCGACGAUGGAACCACGGCAACAUCAACACCGGACAAGGGAAAGAAGAAGUCGGCACACAACGAGCCUUUCAGUCCAUCGUUGAGGCCAAAAGCAUCCGCAGCAGACCUCAUGUUCGCUAUGGACGAAGAUGAUGACGGAGUACUGAGCCCCAACAGUAAGCAGCAGCAGCAGCAGCAGCAGUCAAGUAUCAGCAGAUCUGAAGACCCAUCGAUGGCUUCAACCCCAAGGCGACCAGCAGCCGACAGAUCUUCCUCGAGCAUCCAUACACCAGCCGGGCGGGUCGAUAUUCCUGUUUCGUCAAGCCCGAUGAAUGCUGGUCCAUUGGCCAAGACUGGAAGCCCAUGGCAGCAAAAGGCACUGGUUACAUCCAAGCUGGAUCUCCGUGAUAUAAUGAGUGAAGAUUCCAAGAAUACAACUUCAGCCUUAUCUGCAGGGCUGGCAGCUCAGAAGCAGAAAGAGACGAAUAUGAAACCUGCUACAGCGAAUGUGUCUCAACCGCAGAAAAUGUCACAGAAAGAACGCAAGAAGCAGCAGCAGAUGCAAGCUGCCUUGCUCGCCCAGGAGGCCAAUCAACCCAACAAAAUCCCAUGGGAAGCAGUUCCAGGCCAGAAAGACAAAGGUUCUCCGUGGAAGCCCACACCAGCAACAACCAAAGUCAGCUUGAAAGAUGUGACCGCAGCGGCUAAGCAAACGCCACCAGCAUCUGCAGCAGCCUCCAUCGCCAAACCGCUCCUUGCCGCGGAGUCGUCGCCCAAGCCAGCCCACCGCCGCACGGCCUCCCCCGACACCCGAUUUGCCGGCCAGUCGCGAACACCCAAGGGUCUAGAAGCCCGGUCGCCGCAGCCAUCGUCCUCACCUCUCGUCCCGCAUUCCAAGUCUUAUAUGAAACAACACAAAAACCAGAAAGCAGAGCCGACGCUGGGUCUUAGCAUGGCGGACAUCAUCGGGCAGCAACGUCGCGAGCAAGAACUUGUCAAGGAAGCCGUGGCCAAACGCAGCCUCCAGGAGAUCCAGCAGGAGCAGGAGUUCCAAUCGUGGUGGGAUCAAGAAAGCCAACGAAUCCAGGAAGAGGAACGACGAAGGGCCGCUGUCUUGGCCGCCCGUGAAAAGAGCACGAACGGUGAAGGGUCGUCGGAGGGCGCAAGAGGAGGUCGUGGUCGCCGAGGAGGUCGGUCCGGUGGCAAAACUCGUGGAGGUCCUGCAGCGGCACCGGCCGGGGGCGUAUCGUCGCCUGCGGCAGGUUCUGCCACCGAUCAAAAGGCGCCUGGCAGGAGGUCAAGAGGAAGACCCCGGGGAAGAGGCGAUAGUACAAAAGCUUGA